UAGGCUGUUUUACUCUUAAUGAAGGAAGAUGGCUUAUGAAAGAGUUAGUCGAGUGCUCCUCAAACCCCGCAAUGUUGUCCUGUUGACCGGUGGUAUUCUAGCCAUAAAGAUCUUCCCUGAUGCCUUCCCGCAGCUUAUAUCCCGCCCACUUUAUCAGGGCUACCAUGGUGGAAGAGUGCGCAAGCUACAAGAUUUGCAAUUAGAAGAAUUUCAAGAGGUUUGUAGAAAUCUUGGUGUCGAUGCUGAAAGGUAUCACCUGUUUGUCACUGGACGAUGGGACAUCAAAGCUAAGGGCGUGUCAUGGAUGCCAAAUGGUGUUCAAUUUGGAAUUCCCGUUCAUUUUGUGGAAGAACCGAGUAUCGCAUCAAUACGUUUUAGCGACCCUAUAAAAACAAACCUUGACACAAAGGAAGGACAGUUGUUUCAGGAGUCAUUCAAUCUAAGUAAACCUGCCCGGCAAUUCGCCCUCGCUAGUGAAGUUGCACGUAUUGAAUCCGGACACACAAUCGCAAAAGCUUGUCUACUUCCAACCUUCAUUGCCGUGGGUUAUGUAACAACAUUCGCAGCUUUACCCAUGUUGAAUUUUUUACCACGUUUUGUUGCAUUACUUGGCAUUGGCUCUGUCUACAUGAUCAUUUAUAGAUUCUCACUUGGACAAAUAAAUGAAUCAAUUGACCUUCGUAUGGAUAGGAAAGUGGCUAAUUUAAGCCCCACCUAUGCAAAUGGAGGGUUGGAAUAUUACGAGAAAAGAAUUCAGAAAAACAUUGCUCUUAGGGUUCUACUUGAAUCUAAGGGAAAGAAAAUGUAUUCAUAUUAUGGAAAUGAACACCAAGGAAUAUUUUAUAGUGCCAGUGCGCCACUGACGUCGAGAAAAGAUGCAAUUAAGAAAAUUGUACAACAGAAUAACAAGAAUCGCAAUUAAAGAAAUUCGAAGUAUUUGAUUAAAUGCUUUAGCAAGAAUCUCAGACAGUUGGCUUUUGUGUACUCAGAUUUCGUUUCUGUAUCUAUUAAUACCUUAAAGCGUGUAAUUAAUAUUCAUGUGAUACGUCAUCU